GAAGUAGCCUUAGAAUAUAAACUUAGAGUAUCUCUUCUAUCUUUUAUAAAUAUAGCUCUUAACUACUCUCUUAUCUACUUUUCUUUAGACUCUAUAGCCUCUAUAUUAGUAGUUAAUUACUAUAGAUAUCUUAUCUAUCUAGAUAAUAUUCUUUUAGUUCUCUAA